AUGACAUUAUCGCUCGAAACUCCUCAGGAAGUGUUGACUUCCCCCGGACCAUUUGAAGGUCCAGAAAAAUUACUGGAAGUAUGGUUUGCUCCCUCUGUCGAUCAAUUACCUGAACCACAACCAUCAUCAUCUUCAUCAUCCUCGAAUACCAAAACAUACCGAACAAGAAGUAAAAGUAAUGGGGAGUUGAAAGGAUUGAGAAAGGUGCCCAAGGAAGUCUGGGAAGAAAUGUUGGAUAUCGUUAAAUGUAAAGUAUUGAGUGUGGUAGAAGGAGAUGAGAUUGAUGCGUAUCUGUUAUCCGAAUCGUCCUUAUUCGUCUCUCCCCAUCUAAUAAUCCUCAAGACAUGCGGAACGACCCUAAACCUCCUAGGAUUAUAUAGGAUAAUCGAAAUUGCCAAGGAAUGGUGUGGCUUCACCAACGUCUGGAGAUGUUUUUACAGUAGAAAAAGUUUUUUCUUCCCCGAGAGACAACAGGGUCCUCAUAAAGAUUGGGGAGAUGAAGUGAGGUUCUUAGAUACCGUUUUUGGCACCGCCGGAGCAGCUUACACUGUCGGACCAAUGAACCGAGACCAUUGGUUACUCUACCUCACUUCACCUAAUACUGUUCCCAACCUACCCUCUUCCUCUUCUUCAUCUCCUUCUUCCUCACUCACUCUACCUGCUCCUACUUCCACUGCUCUCCAGUCGAGAUCCGACGGACCUUCAUUCCAACCUACCAAAUACCAAGAUACGACCCUCGAGAUCCUCAUGACCCACUUAGCUCCCACGGCUCGUUCGCAGUUCUUCAACGACGACUCGAACGGUACUCUCAAAUCAGGCUUGGAACUAGGUAAAGACAUUUCAGCGAAACUAGGUAUAGAUCAGUUAUUCUCACAGGAAGAGACAGAACUGGAUUCAUUCGGAUUUGAUCCUUGUGGAUAUUCAGCAAAUGCCGUGAUCGGAUCUGGAAUGCCUGAUGACAGUACAAACCCUGGAGGAUACUUUACGAUUCAUGUGACUCCUGAGGAUGGUUGGUCAUACGCUUCGUUCGAAUGUAAUGUCCCACUACCCAUAGCAGGUACAUCGACUGGUACUACAUCUCAGGAAGAAGCCAUCAAAAGACCAGAGUUGAAAGAGUUGAUCAGAAAAGUAGUUAAUAUAUUCCAACCUUCGAGAUUAUCAAUCACACUUUUCGUCAGCACUCCAGCUACUACCCCCACCAACCAAGGAGAAGAAGAAGAAGGGGAACAACAGACAGAGACGGAACAGAGAGCAUGGAAAUCUUUCGGUACGGAUUUAUUAGGAAAGGGAUUCGUAAGGAAAGAUAGGAUAGGAUACGAAUUUGAUGGAUACGACUUGGUAUUUGCCUGUUUUGAGAAAAGGGGUUGGCAAGAACCGAAAAGUGGGAAUAUGACGAUUGGGGAUCAUAAUGGAGAUGCAUGA